UUAAAUUCUUGAUUUAAAUCCUCUCACAACAUCUCUGACAUGCGCAGUGAACCUUUGGGGCUUUUAAAUUGUUAGAUAACUUUGAAUUAAACUUCGUCCAAUCAGAGGCGCGUCCCUAAGCCGCCUGGACCAAUCAGAAAGCAGUGCGCCUGUAAUGAGCCCCCGCGGAGAUCUGCAGGUCCAGUCUUUCUUGACUGUCCGGUUCCGACGCCCCACGCCUCCUCAGGAGCAGAAAUAAACCACCACAGAUGGAACCGGCGCAGAACUUUAGAGACCCAAUGGAGCUCGCGUCCGGCUGAACCUCCCCGUCAUGGCCCGGACCGGUUCCGGGACCCUCCUGACCCGGCGGAACCCCCGUCUGGACUCCUUCCUGAAGCGGAACACGGAGCGGGGGGUGUAUGAACGGAUCCGAGCCUCCGAACCGUGCGUGGUGGUGUCGGACCGCAUCCACAGAGUCUACAUGCACGUGGUUCUGAGCGACGAGCGCGUGUACGUCACCGAGUUCUCUCCGCGCACGCUCAUUACCGCCGCGAGCUUCAGGCGCGUGCGCGACAUCCAGCGGGUGAACGACCUCCCAGACUUCCUCAGUGGGAAGGACCGGGAGCGCUGCCAGCACAUUCGCAUCACCUACAUCCCAGAAAAGCCAGAGGGGAGGACACCUGAUUGGCUGAGCAAGCACGAGAGGGAGGGGCUUCCCUCUGCAGCUUCGCCCUCACGUAGAUCCAGCUACUGCCCCACCCCCACAGGAUAUCCUGCCGAAAGGGAGGAGCGCCCCCCAGUGUUGAAGUCAACCCGCUCUGCUUCCUGUCCAAACCCAGAGGCUCUGGGCCUCGUGAGGACGCCGCGGCCUCCGUCCACACCGCCCUCGUUUUACUCCACCUCCCCCUCAAAGGAAGGCCUGAAGACGCCGGACGGCGGCCAGGUGACCCGGAGGUUCGGCUCGGUUCUGUCUCGACUGCUGAGACGAGAGACAAUAAACGAGGCAGAGGAGAGGGAGGCGGAGCUUCACCUUUACGUGGUUUCCCAGACGUCCAGACUUUACCUGCUCCUGCAGAACACCUGGAGCAGCUUCCUGAUCAGGUCCACGCUGAUGCUGGAUCUGCGCCACAGGAGGUGCGCUGGAUCACCUGACCCGUCUGCCCCGCCCCUCAGCUGGGAGAGGACGGCUCACCUGUUGGGUCAGCUGAGCUCGGAGCUCCUGCGGGACGACAUCGGCGUGGAGGGUCUGUACCUGCUGCUGCAGGAGCUCCGGACGGCCGCUCACCGCAGCGUCACGCUGCGCAGACUCUUCUGGAAGUCUGGGGAGCUGUGCGACUUCCUGGUUCGGACUCUGGAGGAAUGUCUUCACGGCGCCCAGAACAUGGGAGGAGCUUCAACAGCUGAUCAGCUCCUACUCGGCGCUCUGAUCGUCCAGACACUCGCCAUCAUGUUCAGGGAGACGGAGGUGGAAGAGGCCAGAGUCAGCGUCCUGUCCGUCAGGAAAGGAGCUCUGACCUCCAGAAUGCUGCUCGCCGUGGUUUAUGACCCUCAAGCAAAGAGCCGAGAAUCGCCGCUGGACUCUAAGCUGCAGUCGUUACGUGAAGAAUACCUGGACGCCGCCUGCUCUCUGCUCUGUGAGCUGCUGCUUCUGGGACAGCAGACCAGCAGCUGCUCGUCUGCCGACGCCCUCCUGUCUGUGGGCUGGAUGCUCAAAGUCCUUCAUCCUCAUCCUCACCUGGACUCUUUCAUCAGCUACCAGGCCCAGCAGCUGGUUCUGGCCGAGGUGGGUCUGCAGGAUUCGCUCCUGAGCCCAGCGGACUCGGUGCUGCUGUUCCAGCGCUGUCGCCUCCUGCUGGCCUGCCUGCAGCACAGCAGUCAGCUGACUCAGCAUCUGCAGUCGCACUUCAGGGAAGAAUUCAGGUACAUCGUGAAGCCGUUGUGUGAGGAGAAACUUUUACCUCCGUAUCCCAUCAGCCCGCCGACUCAGCAGCUGAUCGAACAGAUUCUGACUCUCCUGUUGGACAGAUGAUGAUGAUGAUGAUGAUGAUGAAGGAACUCUGAGUUUGACGCUUUAGCUGAGAUGCUAAACGGCACACGAGGCCUUAAUGAAGCCACGAGAAAAAAAACAUUUCUGUGACCUUAGCAUGACUUGACAAAAACAGGCCUCAUAUUGAUGAGUCGUGACUUCAGUGACAGAAUAACAUUAAUGCAGAUUUAAAGAGUUUGCCUUCAAAUUAUUGUUGUGAGUUUGAAUCAACACUAAUUCAUGAACAUCUCAGAGGAUCUUAAACCUUUUUUCUGUCAUUAUCUGCAAUGUUUGUUUGUUUAUUCAACAUUUAUCUUAUGAAAAAUGAACAAUAAAUAAUAUAUGUUUGAUUUUGAAA